GCUCAGAAAUGUUGGGAAUGACUUCUUCAUUCCCGCGAGCUCUAGGCCGGAUCCCUCGCCCCAGUCCAUGAUCGGUUCUGUGAACUCCGCCGCUGUGGGGCCACACUCAGGAGGGCCUUUCCCUGCGUCUUCAGGCCUCACAACAUUGGGCCACCCUGACUUAUCACAACAAUAACAACAACAAUGUGUGAGACCCACGGGUUCUGUCGUGGUGAAGCCCAUGAACGCUGGGGGUGCUCCCGUUGGUCUUAUUGGUGGUACGGCGCUGCCCAUCAAGAUGUCAAGCUGCCCUCUGCAGCAGCAGCAAGUCUACAACAGCUCCUCCUUCACCUUAACGUCCUCAACCAAUCUCUCCUCAUCACUACAAUGUAAUACGAACCUUACCUUGAAUUUAGCAUCUUCAGUUCACUCUUCUCCCGUUAAUAUUCUAUCGUGUUUUUUGAUGGGUCCAUCUUGCACGUCCAUCUUCCCUGGAGGCGCAUGCACCAUGGCUCCCACUGUAAACAACUCCUUCAGAUCGCAGCUCGCGCCUCCAUCUUACACUUCAACUGCCAUGAAUGUCCCCAACAUCCCUAUUUCUGCUCCUCUAAUAGUUUCUGCAUGCAGCGGAGGUGACAUCUCAAACACUUCGCUGUCACACUUCUCUCAAGCUCCUAAUAUAGUCGCUUCGUCCAGCCCUGCUGUUACCGACAGCAACAACUUGAGCCUCCAGACUUCCUCGCCAUGUACCUCCACAAUGACAAGCUCUUCUUCUGUCCUUGCUGCCACUAGUGGAUCAGCUACUCUUCCUGAUGAUAAAACUGAAGUCAUGAACUUCAGCAAACAAGAGCCUAUGGAUAUGGACGUCACGAAGGAGCCCUCGUCACCUGAGGGCGCUGAUGUCGAAGUAAAAAUGGAGAUCAAGACCGGAGUUAAAGAUGAGCCGACUUCACCUGAGAGCGACUUCAAUUCAAAGAAUAUUGAUGGUCUCUAAUGCUCCAUACAUCUAAUGCAAGUAUGCGCUGGUUCGUGAAAGAAGCGAUAGUAGAUUAGCAUCACAAGAUGUUUGUUUGGAAACCAAUGUAUGAAUCAAAAUCUGUUCCUAGCAGCAUAGCUCGAUACAGUUGUUUGUUUCCAGACAUUAGUAGUUUGUUUUUUUUAUCAUUCGAAUGAAAUAAAUUUUAGGCACAUGUACACAUCCAUCAUGCAUAGUGUCCAGCGCCCAAUUGCGCCCGUGCAACUGUUCUUGCUGUCCUGUUCGAUCCUGGGGCAUUUGAUCUUGGGCUGAUUUGAUGUCAUAUGGUUUACUGUGCGCUGCUAUGAUGUUGGUUCAUUUGAUCGUGGGCUGAUUUGAUAUCAGGCGCUUUGAUCGUGGGCUGAUUUGAAGCUGGGCGGUUUAAUGCCAGGCGCUUAGAUCCUGGGUCAGGCGUUCUGAUUCGGCGGAUGGAUGCUGGCGACUUUCUGGUGUGUUGAAUUGAUGCUGGCAGCAGGUGCUUUCGAUUUUAUGUCUAUUUGUAUUGCAUUUUACUCAUACUUCAAAAUUUGAAUAGCUAAGAUUUUUCCUCCUUCAGAAAUUAAUGUUGAAAUGUAGACGAGCAAAAAAUUUGUUUUUAGUUUGGGAUAAUAAUUGGUGUAUACAUCAUAA